UUAGAGGUGACGUUGGGGCCCUUGAGGGUGGCGUCCUUCCCUGAGGGAACUUUGCGAAGAGUUCGCCCCGAGGCCUUGGAGGCCUUUCCCGCCCGCACUGAGCGCGACGCUGAUUGAGGACUCGCCGGCUUUAGCACUGGCACAACAUUCAAGAAACGCAGACAUGUCCAAAAGGGUGUCACUGCCUUCUAUCCAACCUUCUCCACAAUCAUCAGAUACUCCUAAUUAUAGAAGUGACCAGGGAAGCUUAAUUGGAGAAUGUUCCUCGUCAAAUGGGAAAAGUUCUCCUUCAAAAAAUGAAUUAAGAAAGCGGUUGACUGUUACAGCUCCAAAAAAGAUGGCAAAAAACACUGAAGCUUUGAAAUUUGAACAUAAUACAAAAGCACAGGAGAGAACCCGAAAGCGUCAACAGCCUAUAAAACUGGAGCCUUUGCCCGUGUUAAAAAAAUAUCAGUGUCACAAUCAACCUGAAUAUAUCUACCAGAAGAACCGGGAAAAGUUGUUAGCAGCUGGAGUAUUAGCACCUACAACUUCAGCAGAGAAAAGGCAAUGGCCUGUUACUGUGGAACCAAUGGUAACUGAGAACCUUGAAGAGUUAUGGGAAAAAAAGUUACUGAGUGCCAAGAUUCGACCUCCCACUCCUCCCAAACAGCCACGUAGUGUGGUAAAGGUCAGUGCUUGUUUACCAAGCCCUACUCUACCUGUUCGUAUAUUUCAUGAACCGGAAGAAGUAGUUAAAGCUAACAUUAGAGACCCUUUGGAAAUUAUAAGAACAAUAUGUGAAAACAAACACCUUGGAUUCCUAUAUAUGACUCCUGCAGUGCCCAGGUCAUCAACGGAAUAUGAACCAUAUAAUCUAAAAAUCGUAAGUUAUGAUGGCAUUAAUAAAAAUGACUACUAUACAAUUAGCCCAAAAGGAGUUAUUCAUACAUGUAAUGGAGAAGUUGAAUAUCUGGAACUUUCACGCUGGGAACAGGAAUAUCUCUAUGACAGAGCACUCUCCCGAAUUACUAUAUUUACAAUAUUCCGCAAAUGGAAAUCAUUUAAUGUAUGGAGAAAAAAUGUCCGUGCCAGAAGGCUUAAAAUAUAUCGCCGAGCUUUGCAGAAGAACCUAUUCAUUGUGAAUGCUUGUUUGAGACCAGCAAUACUGAAUAUCCAGGAAAUGUGCUAUCAGAUAAGUGACUUGGCCCUUUGUCAAGUUGAAAAGGGCUAUCUAUACACAUUGGUGGAAUUCAAAGGUAAUCAGUUGGAGCAGCUAAAAGAAGUGACAUCUCGUCUGGCUGAGUUCAGGGAAUUAGCCAAAGAAGUUGUGGGGGGUGCCUGCAGAACUGCACUGCUUGAGGCGGGAUUUACCCCUGAUGAUUACUUUUAUAUAACAGAGAGUUCAGAACGGGUACCAGGUGUUGGAAGUGCAAUUAUUCCUCGGAUUGACAAAGAAAUGUAUGGUGAACAACCUGAAAAAAUGACAUACACAGAACAGGCCAACAAAAGAGCUCAGUGUGGAAGGUUGACAUGCUUUAUUCGUCUUGCUGACUAUCUUAUAGUGAAUACUAUGCAUGUUCUGGCAGUAAAAUCUGUCACUACUCUUUUGAAUUAUCUUACUGAAAAGUUGAAAAAGACACCUCCUUCAGAGGUGAUUCAGAAGUAUAAUAUAGAAGAACCACCUGAAGUUAUUGAGAAGAAGGGAACUUCACUGGUUGUGGGAGCAGAAGAAGAUGAGUCUACACCCUUGUUUCUUGCAGAGCUAAUUUUGGAGAUCCACGCACUACUGUUUGAACCAACUUUGGAUGACUUUCAGGUUAGUAUGGCAGAAAUUGUGUCUCAGUUUCAGGCAACAGUGUUAUCUGUUGCAAACCUUGUUCCUGAUCGAUACUUUGAUGCCUUCACUCGUCCAAUCAUUAACAAUAAAAUUGAAGAAAAAACAUGUGGUGAAGGACCAAGUUUAUCAGUAAUGUUUAAAGAUGAUAGACAUCUUCAAAAUCUUAUCUUACAAAUAAAGGAAACCAUAUUUUCAGCAUUUGAAGCAGCCAAUUUGUAUGCAAGUACUUUUGAAAAAUUUCGGUUAUUUUUUAAAGAAAAUGAAAGUCUGGACUUGGCAGCUCUGAAGAUGAAAGAACCUGAUGUCACAUUCUUCGCUGAACAACUGGAAAAGUAUCAUAUACAACACAAAGAAGCUGUGGCCCUGAGGCAAAAGAGAAACCUAGGCUUAUUGCUCAUAGAUGCUAAAAAGCUGAAAGACAAAUUGAUUCCCUCACCUAAGCGCUGUUUGGAGGUUAUUAAUGAAAUGCUUCCUAUAAUUGCGAAGAAAAAAGUGACCGCCAUUCUACUUGAGGCAAAUGAUGCGAAAUUUAAACUUGAGUUUCUACCAACUACAACUAUAGAAUAUGUGUUUAGCUUGACAUUCCUUGAUGAAAUACAAGACAGGAUUGAAACUCUUGAAGACGAAUCAAAAAUAGUAACACAGAUGUAUCGGCUGAUUGAACAAUAUACAGUACCAGCUCCUCCUGAAGAUCUGGCUUUGUUUUCAAGUCUCAAACCAUCCAUUAUUGCUGUUCGCAAUGCAAUUGACAAAGCUGUGGGCGAAAGAGAUGCUAGCAUUUUUAGAUUCUGUCAACUUUUAGACCUUGACAUUCAUGAACUGAAUGAAGAAGUUAAACUAGUUAAACGUGAAGCUCAGGAUCCUCAGAUUUUGGAUAUAGAUGCUGAUCAAGACAGAGUGAGACAGGUUUUAGCAGAGCUGCAAAGCAUUCUGGAUGAGCUACAGAAACGUGCAUUCCAGUAUAAGUCAUACCAGAAAAACUUUAAGGUGGAAGUAACAAAAUUCGAGGCGCUGGAGGAAGUUUGUGCAGAGUUAAAAUUGAAACAACUAUUAUGGGAUUCUCUUUGUGAAUGGGCAAUACUUGAAGAAGAUUGGAUGGAGUGUAAAUUUGAUAGCUUGGAUCCUGAAACGUUGAAUUCUCAAGUCUCCAAGUAUGCUAAAUUUGUGAAUCAGUUGGAAAAAGGUUUGCCACCUAAUAAUGUGGUGCCACAUCUCAAGGAGAAGGUGGAAAGAAUGAAAGAAAAGCUUCCUGUUAUCACAGAUCUUAGAAAUCCCUGUUUAAAACCCAGGCAUUGGGCAAUUAUGGAACAAAUAGUUGGUGCACAGUUAAUUGACGUGGAGAACCCAUUAACCUUAGAGAGACUUGUGGAUAUCAAUGCUUUUGACUACUCUCAGGAGAUUCAAGAUGUUUCUGGACAAGCUUCAGGAGAAGCAUCCCUGGAAGCAAUUCUCAAAAAGGUGGAAGAUGCAUGGAAAACAACAGAAUUUAUUGUCCUUCCCCACCGUGAUGCAAAAGAUGUUUUUAUCCUUGGUGGCACAGAUGAAAUUCAGGUCAUUCUAGAUGACAGCAGUAUUAACGUAGCAACAAUUGCCUCUUCACGGUAUGUAGGUCCUCUCAAGGCACGGGUUGAUGAGUGGCAGAAGCAGCUCUCUUUGUUCAGUCAGACAUUAGAAGAAUGGCUGACUUGCCAGAGAAACUGGCUGUAUCUAGAAAGUAUUUUCAGUGCUCCUGAUAUUCAGCGACAGCUGCCCGCAGAAGCCAAAAUGUUCUUGCAGGUGGACAAAUCCUGGAAGGAAGCUAUGAGAAAAGUUAAUCGGCUCCCCAAUGCACUUCGAGCAGCUACUCAGCCUGGUCUUUUAGAAACCUUUCAGAAUAAUAAUGCCCUUCUUGAUCAAAUUCAGAAAUGCCUGGAGGCCUACCUGGAGUCCAAAAGAGUUAUCUUCCCUAGAUUUUACUUUUUAUCAAACGAUGAGCUCUUGGAGAUUUUGGCACAGACUCGUAAUCCUCAAGCAGUUCAGCCGCAUUUAAGGAAAUGCUUCGAUUCAAUCUCUAAACUAGAAUUUGCUUACAUGGCUCCAGCCGAAGGAGAAGAAAAGGUUCUCACCAAUGAUAUUUUAGCAAUGUUGUCCCCAGAAGGAGAGAAGGUCAAUUUAGGAAAAGGACUUAAGGCUAGAGGAAAUGUUGAAGAUUGGCUUGGUAAAGUUGAAGAAGCAAUGUUCAAUUCCCUUAGACGCCUGAGCAAAGCUGCUAUCGCUGAUUACCAGGUCAAAGAGAGAGUAGAGUGGGUUGUUGCUGGACAUCCAUCCCAGAUUGUGCUCACCAUUUCUCAAUUGAUGUGGUGCCGUGAUCUGACUAUGUGUUUAGAAGGAGAUUAUCAUGAUCAUCUAGAAGCCUUAGAAGAAUUUGAAACAGAAAACUUUGAAAGGUUAAAUGCAUUGGCUUCACUAGUUCGUGGCAUCCUUCCCAAGUUGCAUAGAAAUAUCAUAACUGCACUGAUAACUAUUGAUGUACAUGCAAGAGAUAUUGUCACUGAACUUGUAGAGCAAGAGGUGGAUUCCGCUGACAACUUUGAUUGGCAAAGGCAACUACGUUAUUAUUGGGACCUUGAGCUGGAUAAUUGUGUUGCUAGAAUGGCUUUAUCCCAAUAUACUUAUGGCUAUGAAUAUUUAGGAGCAUGCCCCAGAUUAGUGAUAACUCCACUCACAGAUCGUUGCUAUCUCUGCCUAAUGGGAGCACUGCAGCUUGAUCUAGGUGGAGCCCCAGCUGGACCUGCUGGUACUGGCAAAACAGAGACUACCAAAGAUCUUGCAAAAGCACUUGCCAUCCAGUGUGUUGUGUUCAACUGUUCUGAUGGCUUGGAUUACAAGAUGAUGGGGCGUUUCUUCAGUGGCUUAGCACAAUCUGGAGCCUGGUGCUGCUUUGAUGAAUUCAAUAGAAUUGAUAUUGAAGUUCUAUCUGUAAUUGCCCAACAACUGAUUACAAUUAGGAAUGCAAAAGCUGCAAAGCUCAGUCGUUUCAUGUUUGAGGGUCGCGAAAUAAAAUUGAUCAUGACUUGUGCAGCCUUCAUUACAAUGAAUCCUGGCUAUGCUGGACGAACAGAAUUACCUGACAAUUUAAAAGCUCUCUUCAGGCCAUUUUCAAUGAUGGUUCCGAAUUAUGCUUUGAUUGCUGAGGUUAUUUUAUAUUCAGAAGGAUUUGAAUCAAGUAAAAUACUUGCAAGGAAAAUGACUCAGAUGUACAAACUCUGUAGUGAGCAGCUUUCUCAACAGGACCAUUAUGAUUUUGGAAUGAGAGCUGUCAAAUCGGUCUUAGUCAUGGCUGGAUCACUAAAAAGAGAGAACCCAAAUCUUAAUGAGGAUGUUGUAUUAAUUAGAGCACUACGAGAUUCCAACCUUCCGAAAUUUCUCACAGACGAUGCUAUUCUGUUCAGUGGGAUUAUAUCUGACCUUUUCCCUGGAGUUGUAAUCCCGGAGCAUGAUUAUGGGGUUCUACAGUCAACAAUAAUUGAUGUGAUGCUUUCCAAAGGAUUACAACCUGAGAAUUGUAUGGUUCACAAAGUUAUACAGUUUUAUGAAACUAUGCUGGUAAGGCAUGGUGUCAUGCUUGUUGGGCCAACUGGAGGAGGAAAAACUACAGUUUAUCAAAUACUGGCAGACACUCUAGGUUUGUUGCAUGAAGCGGGUGAGGAAAAUCCUUUCUACCAACCUGUUAAGACAUAUGUUCUGAACCCCAAAUCAAUUACAAUGGGCGAACUUUAUGGUGAAGUCAACAAUUUAACCUUGGAAUGGAAAGAUGGCUUAAUGGCUCUUAGUGUUAGAGCUGCUGUAGUCGACACCUCUGAAGAUCAUAAAUGGAUUAUCAGUGAUGGACCUGUAGAUGCUUUGUGGAUUGAAAAUCUAAACACAGUUUUGGAUGAUAACAAGAUGCUUUGUUUGGCCAACAGUGAAAGAAUCAAACUCACACCUUCUAUUCAUAUGGUAUUCGAGGUUGAAGAUUUAAGGGUUGCUUCACCAGCCACAGUAAGCCGAUGUGGAAUGGUAUACAUUGACCCUGAAGAACUCAAGUGGAUCCCUUAUGUAAAGACAUGGAUAGCAGGCCUUGAAGAAAAACUCAAUGAAGAAACAAGAACAUACUUGUUUGAACUCUUUUGUCGUUAUGUUGAAGAUGGUCUAAAAUAUGUGCACAAAAAGUGUUCACAGGCAAUAUCUCAAGUGGAUAUCAGUAAAGUUGUUACUCUCUGUUGUUUACUGGAAUCUUUGCUUAUUGGAAAAGGGGGACCAAGUAUGAAAUUGGAACAGUCAAGAUUAAAUUCACUUGUGUGCCAGACUUUUGUUUUCUGUUACUUGUGGUCAGUGGGUGGAAAUUUAACUGAGAAUUUUUGGGAUGGUUUUGAUACAUUUAUAAGACAACAGUUCGAGGACAACGCAGAUGCCAAGCUUCCAACUUCGGGUGAUUUGUGGAGUGUUUACAUUGAUUUUGAUACAAAACGUCUUGAUCCUUGGGAAAGAAUUAUACCUGCAUUUAAAUACAACCAUAAAUUACCAUUUUUUGAAAUGCUUGUUCCCACAACUGAUACUGUGCGCUAUGGCUUUCUAAUGGAGAAAUUGCUCGCUGUCAGACAUUCUGUACUGUUCACAGGAAUAACUGGGGUUGGCAAGUCUGUAGUUGCCAAGGCACUCCUAAACCGUAUACAAGAAGAAGCCGGAUAUGUUCCUGUUUAUAUAAAUUUCUCUGCUCAGACUUCAUCAUCAAGAACGCAAGAGAUCAUUGAAUCCAAAUUGGAAAAGAAAAGGAAAAAUAUUCUAGGGGCACCAGGGAAAAAAAGAGUUGUCAUUUUUGUGGAUGAUCUAAACAUGCCUAAAUUGGAUCGCUAUGGCUCUCAGCCCCCCAUUGAGCUACUUAGACAAUACCAGGACUUUGGAGGAUUCUAUGACAGAGAGAAACUGUUUUGGAAGGAAAUUCACGAUGUAACUAUUUGUUCAGCCUGUGCACCUCCAGGUGGUGGACGUAAUCCAGUUACACCACGUUUCAUAAGACACUUUGCCAUGCUGUGUCUUCCGACACCCUCUGAGCAUAGCCUUAAACAAAUUUUUCAGGCUAUUUUAAAAGGGUUUUUGAUGGAGUUUUCUCAAGCAGUAAAGCAGACCGCGAAAAGCAUAGUAGAUGCUGCUGUUGAAAUAUACCAAAGAAUGAGCAUUGAUCUUCUCCCAACACCAGCAAAAUCCCAUUAUGUGUUUAAUUUACGGGAUUUGUCAAAAUGUGUGCAAGGUAUAUUGCAAUGUGAUCCUGUGUCAGUUCGGGAACAAAUACAAGUAUUCAAGCUAUUCUGCCAUGAGUGCCAAAGGGUUUUUCACGAUCGACUCAUCUGUAAUGAAGAUAAACAAUAUUUUUAUUCAAUGAUAUCUGACAUGGCCAGCAAACAUUUUGGUGUUUCAGUUGACCCAGAUUCAUUUGUGCAGAAACCGAUAUUGUUUGGGGACUACAUUAAGGUUGGAGUCGAUAAAGCUGAUCGACUUUAUGAAGAGCUACCUGACAUGGAAAAGAUUAAAGGGGUUUUACAAGAUUAUCUGGAUGAUUACAACAUAGUAAGCUCUAAGGAAGUUAAGCUGGUGUUCUUCCAAGAUGCCAUUGAACAUGUUUCAAGAAUUGCUCGUAUGAUUCGCCAAGAAAGAGGAAAUGCUCUGCUUGUUGGAGUUGGAGGCACAGGAAAGCAGUCUCUAACUAGACUUGGAUCUCAUAUAUGCGGAUAUAAAUGCUUUCAAAUAGAACUAAGCCGUGGUUAUAAUUAUGAUACUUUUCAUGAAGACCUUAGAAAGCUAUAUAAAAUGGCAGGAGUGGAAGACAGAGAUAUGGUUUUCCUUUUCACAGACACACAGAUUGUAGUAGAGGAAUUUCUAGAAGAUAUAAACAACAUUCUAAAUUCUGGAGAGGUACCUAAUCUCUUUGAAAAGGAUGAACUGGAGUUUGUUAUGGCAGCCACCCGACCUAAAGCCAAAGAAGCUGGGAUAGCAGAGGGCAACAGGGAUGAGGUAUUUCAGUACUUUAUUAAUCGCGUCCGCCAGAAACUGCACAUUGUUCUGUGUAUGAGCCCUGUAGGAGAUGCUUUCCGAGCACGAUGUCGAAUGUUUCCAUCACUUGUGAAUUGCUGCACUAUUGACUGGUUUGUGCAGUGGCCCAGAGAAGCACUUCUUUCUGUAUCCAGGACAUUUUUGAUGAAUGUUGACCUUGGAACUGACCGCAUGAAAGAAAAGUUUUCCUUAAUGUGUGUAGACAUUCACAUGAGUGUGACGGAGAUGGCAGAGCAAUAUUAUGCUGAACUCCGGCGGCGCUACUAUACAACACCCACUUCCUAUUUAGAGUUGAUCAAUCUUUAUUUAUCCAUGCUAAGUGAGAAAAGAAAGGAACUUAUUUCAGCUCGAGAUCGUGUAAAGAAUGGUUUAACCAAACUAUUAGAAACUAAUGAGCUUGUUGAUAAAAUGAAAUUAGAUCUCUCAGCUUUAGAGCCAGUCUUAAAGGAGAAAUCAGUGGAUGUUGAAGCUUUGAUGGAGAAAUUAGCAGUGGAUCAAGAAAACGCAGAUCAGGUUCGGCGCAUUGUUCAGGAAGAUGAAGCUAUUGCAAAAGUAAAAGCAGAGGACACUCAGGCAAUAGCUGAUGAUGCACAGCGUGAUUUGGAUGAGGCCCUGCCUGCUUUAGAGGCUGCCAACAGAGCUCUUGAUUCUUUAGAUAAAGCAGAUAUUUCUGAAAUCAGAGUUUUCACUAAACCACCUGAUCUUGUCAUGACAGUGAUGGAAGCCAUCUGUAUUCUUCUAAAUGCCAAGCCUGACUGGGCAACUGCAAAACAGCUUCUGGGAGACUCUACUUUCCUGAGAAAGCUUUUAGAGUAUGAUAAAGAAAAUAUAAAAAGCCAAGUUUUGCAAAAACUACAGAAAUAUAUAAACAACCCUGAUUUUGUGCCAGAAAAAGUGGAGAAAGUGUCAAAGGCCUGCAAGUCUAUGUGUAUGUGGGUGAGAGCUAUGGAUUUGUAUUCUCGAGUUGUCAAAAUUGUGGAGCCAAAAAGACAGAAGCUAAAUGCUGCACAGGCAGAACUUGAUGCAACUUUGGCAACCCUUCGAGAUAAACGGAAAAAACUGAAACAAGUAGAAGAACAAAUACAGGAGUUACAAGACCAAUACGAAAGAAGUGUGGAUGAAAAAGAGAGUCUUGCAAGGACCAUGGCACUGACUCAAGCCCGUCUUACUCGAGCCGGAAGACUUACAGCUGCAUUAGGGGAUGAACAGGUCCGGUGGGAAGAGAGUAUUUUGAAUUUUGAGGCAGAGAUUCCAAACGUCAUUGGAAACGUAUUCAUAGCUUCAGCUUGUGUGGCCUACUAUGGAGCUUUUACAGCACAUUAUAGACAGCUGUUAAUAGAUUGCUGGAUCAAACAAUGCAAGGAUCUAGAAAUUCCUAUUAGUUCUGAAUUUAGCCUUAUAAAUAUUUUGGGAGAUCCCUUUGAAAUUCGACAGUGGAAUACUGAUGGAUUACCACGAGACUAUGUUUCAACUGAGAAUGGUAUUCUUGUGACACGAGGGCGACGCUGGCCGCUCAUGAUUGACCCUCAAGAUCAGGCAAACCGCUGGAUAAGAAACAAAGAAACAAGAAAUGGUUUGAAAAUAAUUAAACUUACUGACACUGGAUUUUUGCGCACUUUGGAGAAUUCUAUUCGUUUGGGUUUGCCUGUUCUUCUUGAAGAGCUUAAAGAAACACUCGAACCGGCUCUAGAACCCAUUCUUUUGAAGCAGACGUUUAUUUCUGGUGGAAGACUGCUCAUUCGCCUUGGUGAUGCUGAUAUAGAUUAUGACAGGAACUUCAAAUUCUACAUGACAACAAAAAUGCCAAAUCCACACUACUUGCCUGAGGUGUGUAUCAAAGUAACAAUAAUCAAUUUCACUGUUACUAGAUCUGGCCUGGAAGAUCAACUUCUAAGUGAUGUUGUGCGACUAGAGAGGCCUGAACUAGAGGACCAAAGAACCCAGCUCAUAGUCAGCAUCAAUUCUGAUAAGAAUCAACUGAAAGCCAUUGAAGAAAAAAUUCUAAAAAUGCUUUUCACAUCAGAAGGGAAUAUUCUGGACAAGGAAGAACUCAUCAACACACUUCAAGAAUCAAAGGUUACAUCUGGUGCCAUUAAAGUAAGGCUUGUAGAAGCAGAAACCACAGAAGAAAAAAUAAAUGUAGCUCGUGAAAAAUAUCGUCCUGUUGCCACACGAGGAUCAGUUAUGUAUUUUGUGAUUGCGAGCCUAUCAGAGAUUGAUCCAAUGUAUCAGUUUUCUUUAAAAUACUUUAAACAGCUUUUUAACACUACUAUUGAAACAUCUGAAAAAAAUGAUGUUCUUGAACUGCGAUUGGCUAUACUACUUAGCCAGACCCUCUAUGCAACUUACACUAAUGUUUCCCGAGGCCUUUUCGAACAGCAUAAACUCAUCUACAGUUUUAUGCUGUGUAUUGAGAUCAUGCGGCAGAAAGGAGAACUUUCAGAUGCUGAAUGGAAUUUCUUCCUCCGGGGAAGUGCUGGUUUAGAUAAGACACGACCUGACAAACCUGAUAUUCCAUGGCUUGAAGAAAAUACCUGGUUCAUGUCCUAUGACUUAGAAGAAACACUUGUGUGUUUUGCGGGGAUACAAGAUGACCUGUUGCUUGAGCCCAUUGUUAUUACAUUAGGGCAACUCGAAGUUCACAUCAACCCAGAUGAGUGGGAAGGCUAUAGGACAGAAACAGAAAAAAACAAAAGAAAAGACCUCAUACAAGACAUUCCUUGGGAUGCUAGACUGACCAAGUUUCAGAAAUUAAUUAUGGUAAAAUGCAUCAUGGAAGAAAAGCUUGUUGCUGCGCUUACUGAAUUUGUAAUUGAGAACCUUGGGAAGCAGUUCAUAGAGAAUCCACCCGUUGAUCUUGCAACCCUUUACCAAGAUAUGUCUCCUUCCACCCCACUUGUGUUCAUCUUGAGUACAGGCUCAGAUCCCAUGGGGGCAUUCCAGAGAUUUGCAAGGGAGAGAGAUUAUUCAGAACGUGUGCAGUCGAUUUCAUUAGGACAAGGUCAAGGACCUAUUGCAGAAAAAAUGAUUAAAGAUGCAAUGAAUACAGGAAAUUGGAUAUUUCUUCAAAACUGUCAUCUAGCUGUUUCUUGGAUGUUGCCAAUGGAAGAACUUAUAAAAACGUUUACAGAGCCAAAUGUCUCUAUCCAUGAAAGCUUUCGACUCUUUUUAAGUUCCAUGCCGAGUGAUACCUUUCCUGUUACUGUCCUUCAAAAUUCUGUUAAGGUAACCAAUGAACCUCCUAAAGGUCUACGAGCAAACAUCAGACGAGCAUUCACAGAAAUGACAGCUUCAUUUUUUGAAGAAAAUAUUCUGGGGAAAAUCUGGAGAAAAAUCAUUUUUGGCAUUUGCUUCUUUCAUGCAAUUAUUCAGGAAAGGAAAAAAUUUGGACCACUUGGUUGGAACAUAUGUUAUGAAUUCAAUGACAGUGACAGAGAGUGUGCCUUACUAAACCUCAAUCUUUACUGUCAGGAGGGGAAAGUACCCUGGGAUGCCCUUACUUACAUAACAGGGGAGAUUACAUACGGAGGGCGAGUUACAGAUGCUUGGGAUCAGAGAUGUCUACGCACAAUCCUGAGGAGGUUUUUUGCUCCUGACACGUUAGAAGAUGACUAUAAAUACUCUGUAUCAGGUAUCUAUUUUGCUCCAGUGGCUGAUAGCCUGCAAGAUUUUAAAGACUAUAUAGAAAACCUUCCUUUGAUUGAUGAUCCAGAAAUAUUUGGAAUGCAUGAGAAUGCCAAUUUAGCAUUUCAGCGUAAGGAAACAAAUACCUUAAUCAAUACAAUUCUUGAUGUACAACCACGAUCAACAACCCAAGGAACAGGAAAAAGCAAUGAUGAGAUUGUUGAAGAGCUUGCUACAUCAAUCUUGGCUAAAAUUCCUGAGAAACUUGACAUGGAUACUGCCACAGAAACACUUUUUGUCAAGGAUGACAAAGGGCGGAUAGACUCUCUGACUACAGUCCUUGGACAGGAAGUGGAUCGUUUUAACAACCUCCUCAGUCUUCUAAGGAACUCCCUACAAACACUUAACAAAGCAAUUGCAGGCUUUGUAGUGAUGUCAGAAGAAAUGGAGAGGGUUUACCAGAGUUUUCUGAACAACCAGGUACCAACACUGUGGGCCAACAAAGCAUAUCCAUCACUAAAACCUCUAGGAGGAUGGGUGAAAGAUCUUGUUCUGAGAAUUGCCUUUUUAGAUUUCUGGCUUAAAAGAGGUCCACCUAAAUCAUUUUGGAUCUCUGGUUUCUUCUUCCCACAAGGAUUUUUAACAGGAACUCUUCAGAAUCAUGCUAGAAAAUAUAACUUACCAAUUGAUGAGCUCAGUUUUAAUUAUAAUGUCAUCCCUGCCUAUCGUGAUCAAGUGCACGUUGCUGAAGCUGCUAAAACGUGUCUCUUUGGGCAACAAUUACCAAUGGAUCUCGAGCUACCUUCCCCUGAAGAUGGUGUGCUGGUUCAUGGAAUGUUUAUGGAUGCAAGUCGCUGGGAUGAUGAAGAAAUGGUUAUAGAAGAUGCUCUGCCAAGGCAGAUGAACCCAGUGCUGCCAGUAGUCCAUUUUGAGCCUCACCAAAAUUAUGAGCCAAGCCCAUCGUUGUAUCAUGCACCGCUCUAUAAAACUGGAGCCAGAGCAGGAACACUAUCCACCACAGGUCAUUCCACCAAUUUUGUAGUUACUGUCUUAUUGCCUUCCAAAAGGCCAAGUGACUACUGGAUCUCCAAAGGGUCUGCCUUGCUUUGCCAGUUGAAUGAAUAACGAGGGCAUGCUGCUGUCCAGCCAGAUGUCUACAUUGUGCUCACAUUGUCUUCCAGGUGCCAAGUUAUAACAUUAAAUUAAUGUCAUGCCAUUGGCAUAAUUACCCAGCGUGAUUACACUGUCAGAAGGCUAUAGCUUCUUUCUAAAUGAUUUGUAAAGUAAUUGCAUUAGACUUUAAUAAUAAAACGGAUGUGGUAUUUAUUUUCCA